GCCGCCGCCGCCGCCGCCGCCGCGACGGGCAGCCGGGCUCGCGGGCAGCCGGCUCCGGCCCCUGGCCCUCGGCCUCGAGCCCCCGGCGAGUCUGGAGUCCGCGCCGUCGCCGGCCGCGUCCUCCGGGCAUGGAAGGCGGCGGCAAGCCCAAGUCCGCGUCCAACAGCCGCGACGAUGGCAACAGCGUCUUCCCCUCCAAGGCGUCCGCGACGGGGCCGGCGGUGGCCGACAAGCGCCUGGGGACCCCGCCGGGGAGCAGUACGGCGGGGAAGGAGCACGGUAACUCCGUGUGCUUCAAGGUGGACGGCGGAGGCGGCGAAGAGCCGGCGGGCAGCUUCGAGGAUGCUGAGGGUCCCCGGCGGCAGUAUGGUUUCAUGCAGAGGCAGUUCACCUCCAUGCUGCAGCCCGGGGUCAACAAAUUUUCCCUCCGCAUGUUCGGCAGCCAGAAGGCGGUGGAGAAGGAGCAGGAAAGGGUUAAAACUGCAGGCUUCUGGAUCAUCCACCCGUACAGUGACUUCAGGUUUUAUUGGGAUUUAAUAAUGCUGAUAAUGAUGGUUGGAAAUUUGGUCAUCAUACCAGUUGGAAUCACAUUCUUUACAGAACAAACAACAACACCGUGGAUUAUUUUCAAUGUGGCAUCAGACACCGUUUUCCUAUUGGACCUAAUCAUGAAUUUUAGGACUGGGACUGUCAAUGAAGACAGCUCUGAAAUCAUCCUGGACCCUAAAGUCAUCAAGAUGAAUUAUUUAAAAAGCUGGUUUGUGGUUGACUUCAUCUCAUCAAUCCCAGUGGAUUAUAUCUUUCUUAUUGUAGAGAAAGGAAUGGACUCAGAAGUUUACAAGACGGCCAGAGCCCUUCGCAUUGUGAGAUUUACAAAAAUUCUCAGUCUCUUGCGUUUAUUACGCCUCUCAAGGUUAAUUAGAUACAUACAUCAGUGGGAAGAGAUAUUCCACAUGACAUAUGACCUCGCUAGUGCAGUGGUGAGAAUCUUCAACCUCAUUGGCAUGAUGCUGCUCCUGUGUCAUUGGGAUGGUUGUCUUCAGUUCCUGGUUCCCCUGCUUCAGGAUUUCCCACCGGACUGCUGGGUUUCCCUAAAUGAAAUGGUUAAUGAUUCUUGGGGAAAGCAAUAUUCCUACGCGCUCUUCAAAGCCAUGAGCCACAUGCUAUGUAUCGGCUAUGGCGCACAAGCGCCCGUCAGCAUGUCCGACCUCUGGAUUACCAUGCUAAGCAUGAUCGUUGGGGCCACCUGCUAUGCCAUGUUUGUUGGCCAUGCCACAGCUUUGAUUCAGUCUUUGGAUUCUUCAAGGAGGCAGUAUCAAGAAAAGUAUAAGCAAGUGGAACAAUACAUGUCAUUCCAUAAGUUACCAGCUGACAUGCGUCAGAAGAUACAUGACUACUAUGAACACCGAUACCAAGGCAAGAUCUUUGAUGAGGAAAAUAUUCUCAGUGAACUUAAUGAUCCUCUGAGAGAGGAAAUAGUCAACUUCAACUGCCGGAAACUGGUGGCUACAAUGCCCCUUUUUGCUAAUGCGGAUCCCAAUUUUGUGACGGCCAUGCUGAGCAAGCUGAGAUUUGAGGUGUUCCAGCCUGGAGACUACAUCAUUCGAGAAGGAGCGGUGGGGAAGAAAAUGUACUUCAUUCAGCAUGGUGUUGCUGGUGUUAUCACCAAGUCCAGUAAAGAAAUGAAGUUGACAGAUGGCUCUUACUUCGGAGAGAUUUGCCUGCUAACCAAGGGCCGGCGCACUGCCAGUGUUCGAGCGGAUACAUACUGCCGUCUUUACUCCCUUUCGGUGGACAAUUUCAAUGAGGUCUUGGAGGAAUAUCCAAUGAUGAGAAGAGCUUUUGAGACAGUGGCUAUUGACCGACUCGAUCGGAUAGGCAAGAAAAACUCCAUUCUCCUUCAGAAGUUCCAGAAGGAUCUGAACACUGGUGUUUUCAACAAUCAGGAGAACGAGAUCCUCAAGCAGAUUGUGAAACACGACAGAGAGAUGGUCCAGGCUAUCCCUCCGAUCAACUACCCUCAGAUGACCGCCCUGAACUGCACAUCAUCAACCACCACCCCAACCUCCCGCAUGAGGACACAGUCUCCACCCGUCUAUACCGCGACCAGCCUGUCUCACAGCAACCUGCACUCGCCCAGCCCCAGCACACAGACGCCCCAACCCUCGGCCAUCCUCUCGCCCUGCUCCUACACCACAGCAGUCUGCAGUCCUCCUGUACAGAGCCCCCUGGCCACACGAACUUUCCACUAUGCCUCUCCCACAGCCUCCCAGCUGUCGCUCAUGCAGCAGCCUCAGCAGCUACAGCAGUCUCAGGCACCGCAGACUCAGCCACCGCCACCACCCCAGCAACAGCAGCAACAGCAACAACAGCCACAGACACCUGGGAGCUCCACCCCGAAAAAUGAAGUGCAUAAGAGCACGCAGGCACUUCAUAACACCAACCUGACCAGAGAAGUCAGGCCCCUCUCGGCUUCGCAGCCCUCGCUGCCACAUGAGGUGUCCACUAUGAUCUCCAGACCUCAUCCCACUGUGGGCGAGUCCUUGGCCUCCAUCCCUCAGCCCGUGGCAGCUGUCCACAGCACGGGCCUUCAGGCAGGGGGCAGGAGCACAGUGCCACAACGUGUCACCUUGUUCCGACAGAUGUCCUCGGGAGCCAUUCCCCCUAACCGAGGAGUGCCUCCGGCACCCCCACCACCAGCAGCUGUGCAGAGAGAAUCUCCCUCAGUCUUAAACACAGACCCAGAUACAGAAAAACCACGUUUCGCUUCAAAUUUAUGAUUCUUGCUGAUUGUCAAAACAGAAAAGAAAUACUCUAGGAAACAGAAUAUUCCCAGAUAUUAUUUUAUUCUAUCUCAUGAUAGAGCCCUAUAGCCUACUCUGAAAAGAUAUUUUAGACAGCUCUGGCCUACAUGCAAAUGUAAAAAAAAACAUAUAUACAUAUACAAUUAAAUAUAUAUCACUAUAUAUAAAUGCCCAAGAGAAGUUCUAAAGACUUGUAUAGCAUUCAGUGUUACAUGUCUUCCUUUCUUUAAAUCCAUUAAAGGAUUAAACACGUUGUUGUAAGAUCAUUGAUUUCUAACAUACUUUUACUUAAUUCCUUUGAUAUGUGUAUUCCUCUCUUUUAUGAAGAGUUCUUGGGGUCGAUGGCAUCAAAACUCGAGUUUUCAAAAGGCAACUCCCAUUAGUUCCAAAGCAGCACCAAUCAACGCUUUCUUUCGUUAGCUGUGCCUCUGCAUCCAAAUUAUUGAUUAUGCAGGAUGAAAAUAACCAAAUCCCAGUUUAUAGCUCUAAAGUGUAUUUUGGUGCUUUCAAUUUUGAUUUAGGUGAACAAACACACACUACAUGCUCAGCCACCACAGGAGACAAAACAUUGCCAUGGCAAAGGUUUUUUCUGACCUCAGACGUGGCCAUUGAUUCGGCAGGAAGGGUGAGGAGGUAGUUGUCCUCAUGUGUUACUGGACUUUUACCAAGACUCAGUCGACGUUAAUUGUAAAUAACUUUCCAACCCAAGUAAAAGUAACUACCUGUGUUGUGUAGAGGUAAAAGUCACUCACUGUUUAGAAUUCAGUUUUAUGGCUUCACUUCAAAACUGAAGAGUUUUACAUUUCACAAAACCGAAUAAUUGUGAUAAUUGUUCAACUGUAAAGCAAUGGCUUCAGACCUACAAUAUUAUUUUAACCUGCAAUAAUAGUUUAUGCAAAUUGUAUGCUUGGAUCUACAAAUUGCUUGUAUUACACCAAAAAUUAUUACUUUUCUUCCUUAUUGACAUAAUCAAGCAUCUGAAACUAGUCCUGGCAUGCUUUUGGGGGCAAAAAAAAAAAAAAGUAGAUUCCAAUCAGUAAUUGUAAGAAAAGGCUUACAGUAUUUCUCACUUCUAGAGGAUAUAACAAUUCCUUAAUUGUGUCUUUUAAAAUUCUUAAAAGGCUGACUUGGAUCUCUGACUUAAAUCUAGAAGUGAGGUUUUUCACUUUAAUUUAAUAUUAUCGCUGUUACUAUCAUUUAAACAAUUAUUUGCAAAUCACAGCUUGGUUUGGAGUUAACUAUGUUUUGUGUCUUCAUGUUAGUUGGUAGUUUAUUGUGAUAUUAAUGUGAAGAAAUAAAUAUAAUAUAUCAUCACAUCUGUUUGGAAAUGCACAUUUGCCCUCUAUAUAUUGUAACUAAGCUGUUAGUAAAUCUUAAGGCAUGUGGAAACCAACAUAGUCCUUAGACAGACAGGAGAUUUGUUCUUUCAAAUGUGCUGGACAUAGUGUGACUGCGGCGACAGGAAGCAGGGGUGAAGUUGAUCUGUCUGUAAGCAUUGUUUGUUUGUUCCUUUGUUUCCUUAAUUCUUUCCAUGAGCAUCAGCCUCUUAGAGAGCACCUGGGCUUACUGCGUCCCACACAUUUGGAGUAUGAUUGGACCACAAUGGGAGGAUUUUUAAUGUCUGACUUCUGUAAAUAACUCAAGAGUGUGACCUGAAGUGGAGGUCUUUAGUAGUACAGGCAUGGAUGGUCCACUUAAGAACUUAAAAUCUACACAUUCUGAUGGCACAGGGCCUCUAGAUAGACUUGAGGACCGGAAACUAAAGCAGAAGCAAUGGUUAUAAAGUGGAUCCAUUUUUGCCUGUUAUGCCUUUUAUGGAUCUAACCCCUAUAAAACCAAAAAGAGUUGUUAUGAUUAAUUGCUAACAGAUCCUAAUUUGUAUGGAAACAAUGUACAAUGCUAGGCAAUGCAAUGUUAUUCAUUACUGACAUGGUGAUGACCAAUGACAGCCUGUUGGGAAUGAUGUCAAAGAGAUCAUUCAGCCUACCUAGAAUCUAUGGGAAAGUUACAAGACCAUUUAUGUAUCAGUACAAAACUCCUCUAUUUUAUUAAAAUAUAAAGAUUAGCAUCAAUAUAUUAAGAUCAUGCACUAGUCCUUUAAAUUAUUAAAGGCCUACAUUUGACAGAAUUAAUGGGUUUGUUAGUAAUAUAUUUUUUAUACAUAAAACUUUUUGAGCACCAUGGAAACAUCACCAAGACUAAACUGCAUGAUCAUUCAGUGGAACCAUAAAAAUUUUUAUUCAUUUUGUACGAGAAUGGACAAAGAAGUCUAAGGUUUAUAUGCUAAGCUAACAAAAUGGUACAGGGUAAAUUAAAUAUACAUAUGUACGAAUGUGUAUUUAUAUACACAUAUUUAGAUUAAGGAGAAAGUGAUUCACAUUCCUGUAAUAUAAAGGAACAGUGCUAGGUGAACAUGACUUUUUUUUUCUCUGUACAUAUAAGCUCAAGUUUGGAGUUUUAAUCUGUACAGAAAGAACUGAACUAUUGAUCUUUUGCUGCUGAGAAGAUGAAGAAAAUGCUAAUCUUGCCAUUGUAUGACCAGGGAAGAGUUAGAAUAUGUCUUUUGUCUUUGCUCAAAGCCAUACAUAUAAAUAUAUAUAAAGAUUAUUAAUAAAUCCAACAAAAAAUAAACUAAAAUUAUGAAUAUUUUAUUUUAUUGCUAUACUCUAAUCAAAUGUUUCUCUUUGUUGAUUAAUAUAGAUUUGCCUGUCUUUCUGUCUUUGUAUAAUUUCCAAAGACUUAUUCUUGAAAAUCACCAUACAAUUCUUUAUAGAUAUUCUACAAAUAUAGAAUGAAAAUAAUUUAAAUAGAACAUGGAUUUCCCAGUCAUCUCUUUGUUUUACCUUUUUCAUAUAGUAAAAAAUUAUUUUAUUUUUUACCCCAUGCCUCUUUAAUAUAUUGUGUUUGUCCAGUUUUAAAUCACAGCCAUGUUUAUAUAUUGGAUAUAAGGAUGAUUUUUAAUUUAUGUACAUGACAUGUUUUCUUUGGACUUUUCAAAUGCCUCAAAUGAGGUUUAUAACAAUGAGGGUAAAUACUGAAGUAUUCUGAAACACAAUGAGGAUAAAAUUGUGUUUUGCAAUUUACUAUAAUCCUCAAACACACAGCCUGCCUCCAGGUCUCUAUGACCUCCCCAUGUGGAAAUGAUUACCAAGUGAAUGUCAUUCCACUUUUCAAAGAUGGCUAUUCUAGCAUUUACAGACUUAAAUGAACAUGAUAUUUUCAGGACACUGCAAAGGAAACAAUCGAGUUGUUUGAGUAAUUUCUACAGGACAUGAACAAUUUAAGCAAUAUGAUGAGUUUAAACUUUUAGAAAUAUUAUAUUAAAACUGUAGUUCCUUACAUUUUAAAGUACAAACCAUGUCUCAUAGUCUUUCAGGAUUAUUAUGCAAAAAUAUCUCCAUCUAUGCUUUAUUGACUAGAGGUUUUUAUUUGAUAAUAUUACUAUAAUUGCUCCUUUGGACCUUACUUUCCAUAUUUUUAUAAUAUUAAACUACAUGACCCACAUUUUUCCUAUUUCUAUCUCGAGCACUAUAGAGCACGUGUCAAUGAAAGUGUGGGUUGCGUCAUUCUUGCUGCUGUUAUUAUUUAUAUUCACUGACCCUAACAAAGAUUUACUAUGUGCUAGGUUAGUCUACUUAAAAGUACAUCAGCCUGUGCCAUGAGAAAAAUUCAUUCCUAAAAUACAGUCAGGUACUGAGCUAUACUGAAUCUUGAAUAGUCAAUAAAAAAAAUAGCCAUGAAAUAUACAGUUGAAUGUGUACCGAAUUAUAUGUCAGUUCUUUCAAAUUUGUCAAAACAGUUCCCAAAAUAUUUUCAAAAUCAUGUUGGAGAUUUUCUUUCAAAGAUGUUUUUAUUGAUUUUAGGGUUUUUUUAUGCUUGCUGUGGUCACUUGAAAAUCGUGACUUUUUGAAGCAGCUUUAUUUCAGGUAUAACACAUAACACAUUGUUAUUAUUGCAUGUUUUUUUAAAAGACAAAUGAUUGAGUUGAUCAUAAAAAGCAACUUUGUUUUCAAAAGUAAUUCAUGAACUAUACAAUUAUUGCCUGACUACAGAAAAGAUUCAGAUUCUUACAAGUCGGUCUUCCCCCUCCCAUUUUGAAGUUUUGAGUUAUGACUAUAAUGAGCAUUGCUUUGCUUCCCUGGAGCAAUUGAAAUCAUCAUGGAUGGGUCAGUCUGACCUUGGUAAAAUUCCUAACUCAAAGAUAUAAGAAGUAUAUACUUCCCCAUGCAGGAGAAAAUAUCCUGGUGAAGAAGCAAAUCCAUCACUACAAAAGAUCACUUCGUUCUAACUCAAAGGACAAUUUUUGAAUACUUGAUUGCAUUACCCUUUGUUCAGUUCUCAUAAUGAAAUGCAUCACUUCCAUUUUUCCAUAUUAAAACAAUCACUCUGACACAAGGUGAUAAAGAACAGACACAAUUUUCCAAGAAAAUCUGGAAUAAAGGUGAUAUGAGUGACAUAUUUGUUCCAUGUAUAAUUUUUGACGUUCCAGAUGACUUAACUAAAAAGACAAAUGAUGUUUUAUAAAAUCAAAAUUAAUGUGACAACCAUGACCCAUUCUUAAUUAAGACAGUACCCAACCACACACUUAAGUAACCAUGCCUCUCUUAUCUCACCAUAUCCCACCCCUUGUUUCCUUAGCUAAGGGUGGUUGAAUAGUAACAAUGAAGACUUGAAAGCUUUUGUUGAAAGAAACCUUGCCAGUUCUUGCCCCUGGCCCAUCAUGAGACUUGUUUAAAGAUAAUAGUAAAAGAAAGUAUAUGCAAGUCUUUGAAUUCAUUUCCAAGACAUUUGAUAUAGAAAGCAUGUCAGUAAAAAUAAUAAAUUCUGAAGACAGCAUCUUCAUGUAGUAAUCAUUGAAACUUGCUUCUAAAAUGUGAAUGUUUAACAGAACACUGGCUAUUGGCAAUACUCACAUCUCACCGAAGCUUGACUGUAUCAUAGACUAAAGAAAACAAAUGGUAAAAUAGGAUUUAAAUCCAUUUUUAUUAUCAAGCCGAGAGUUUUAUAAUUUUAUGCUUUAAUCUUAAUUUUUUAGAGCAAUCAAAGGAUAUAUGGUCAAAUUUGUGCUUUGCUAUUGUGAAAAGAAAUAAAAUUAAUCUGUCGCAGAGCAAGAACUAAGGCUAUUUGUUACCUCAUGCUACUUGUGAGGCUGCUAGAUCUGAAGGAAGAAUGAAAUGAAAUGAAAUAAAAUGAAAAAAUUGCCAGCUUUGCAUAUUAAAAACAGCAGAGUGAGAGGAGCAAAGGCAUGAAGAACCACAAAUCAAAAGGAGUUAUCAUAUACACAUAUCAUAUCAUAGAAAUGAUUCAGAAUCAAAUGAAGCUAGUGAUGGAGGAAGGUCAUUGGUUAAAUAAAAAGAAACUGCUUGGCCCUCGUUGGUUAGAAGAUAGGUGGGAGGAGUAAACAGAACAGAA